AUGGCAGAAGCAACUCAAACAUUAAAAAAAGGUGAUGAGUUCUGUGCCAAACGUAAAGGAUUAAAGAGGCAUUUAAAUCCAGAAUUGGAAUAUGCUUGCUUAAAUUAUAUGUGUGUUCAGGGAGGUGAAUAUACAAGUAGAUCUAAUGGGAUACGCCCAAAUCAAAAUUCAUAUCGUUCGAAAUGCCCUGUGGUGAUAUGUGUGCGACCUAAUGAUAUAGGUGAUAAGUUAGUAAUUACUUCUAUUGUUACUGAACACAAUCAUAUACGGAGUAAGGCAAUCUUUGACCACUAUCCACGCCAGCGAAGACUUGACUCUGAUGCUAAAUCAAUAGCAUCAAAAUUAGUGGCAAUGAAAGUCAAUAAAAAAAUCCUGCAGAAUGAGUUGAUGGCACAACAUAAUAAAGUAAUAACUUUAAAGGACAUACACAACUUGGCUUUAACAAAUUCUCCUAAGUUAGACGCCUUAAAAUCAUUAGUUGAAAGUUUUAAAAACAAACAAGGAUUUACUUUGGAAAUACUGAAAAAUAAUAAUAACGAGUUAAAGGCCAUAUUCUAUCAAGAUGAUGAAAUGAAAAGAAUAUUUGCAUUAUGUCCUGAAGUGCUAUUUGUAGACGCAAUAUAUAAAGUCAAUGAUUUGAGACUACCACUUUAUGUAUUUCUAGUUGUCGAUAGUAAUGGGCAAAGUGAAGUUGUUGGUUAUUCCAUUCUAACUUCUGAAGACUUAGGAACUGUUACACUUAUGGCUUCAAUUUUUAAACUGCAUAAUCCAAACUGGACCAAUAUUAAAUGCAUUAUGGCCGACAAAGACUUCACAGAGAGAAAUGUUUUUAGAGAACAGUUUCCCCAAUCUAAAAUAUUAAUUUGCAUAUUCCAUUGUAUGAGAUCAUUUUCACGGGAAAUAACUACAGACAAAAUGAAUAUAACUGCAGGACAAAGAAACCUUUGCCUACAAUUGGCACAAGAAAUGAUAUAUGCCAAAAAUGAAGACGAUUACAGUAGAAUUCAUGGUCAAUUAAAAGACACAAAAAUUACAAGUGUUGUAAAGUAUUUCGAAAAAAAUUGGCAUACAAUUAAAGAAGAAUGGGUUUAUGCAUACUUAGGAAACAGAACUAAUAAUCGAUUAGAAAGUACAAACCAAAAAAUUACCCAAGUUGUAACAAAAUUUUGUAGACUUGAUCAAUUAUUUGAAGGGUUGGAAAUGUUAAUGGUCACUUUGAGGACAGAGAGAGACCAUGCUGCUACAGAAUGUUUUUGUAAGACACCAAGUUUUGUUUCAAAGUUGACCUACGAACAGCAACAAAUGUUUUGGCAUUUGACCCCAUUUGCUUUUGACCUAAUAUUGCCGAAAUUUGAAUCAAUGAACCACGUACAAAUAGUGUCUGUCGAUAAUCUAAAUCAAACGGUCAAAAUUAAAUCGAGAGAAGGGGUAAUUGAAGUUUCAGACAACAAAUGUGUUUGUUCAUUUGUAACAAGUUUGUGUUUACCUUGCCAUCACAUAUUCAAAGUUAGGCAAAUAAACAAUAUGUCGUUAUAUUGUCCAGAAUUGUGUGCAGAAAGAUGGUCGAGGAAGUAUUAUAGUACUGUGUGUAGAGUAAUUCCUUCGAGUUUUGAAUUAGAUGUUGAAAGCUCCGGAAGUAAAGAUCCGGUAAAUGUUACGACCGUACAACCUAUGAAACCAAAGCGAAUUUUAAACCAACAUGAAAAAUAUAGGAGAGCACAUGUUGAGGCUAAGAGGCUUGCUUCUCUAACGUCAGAAGCAACAGGACAAGAAUACCUGAACAGAUUAAAUAUUCUUAAAUAUAUAGCAGAAAAGUGGGAGAAUGAAAAUACCAUUAAACUUGAAGACAUAGAUAACUUACUGAAACAAACAGAAGAAAAUUAUGAAUUUGCCAAUGACGAUAUAAUACAGAUGGAUGACGCUAUAAUACAGAUGGAUGACAAUUUAAUACAGAUGGAUGACAAUAUAAUACAGAUGGAUGAUGAUAUAAUACAGAUGGAUCAAUUACCAACUUUACCUCCAAGAGUUCCAAAAAGAGGACGUCCAAAAGGUAAAGACAAAACUGCUAUUGGUAUUGCAAAACGGAAAAAGGUUUCAGGUUUAGUUCCUUUUGAAAAACUUGAUGUUUUGACGAGACAUUUUGAAAUGUUAAUUUGGUUUGUGGAUAAGGAUGUGGCCAGUAUUGCGGUAUCUGGAAAUGGAUUUAUAGGUGAAACAGCAAUUGAAAAUAAUCCAAAUAAUAUACAUUGUGCUGUUUUAGACAGUAACCUCGCGAUUGAUGAUAUCAAAAGGUAUUUUGACAGCGACGGCUGGGCUGCUCUCCAACAAGUUGUGGAUAUAAAGCGGAUGAAUCCAACAUGGAUAUGCAAAUCUUGCAAUGAGGAUUCAUCAAAUAAUUCGAUUUGUUGCAAUAGAUGCCUAGAGUGGUUUCAUUUUAAGUGUGUUAAUGUUAAAACAACAUUAAAAAAAAAAAUAUGGUUUUGCAGUAUCUGUAAGGAAACUUACGAUUGA